UCGUGGUUGGGAUCGUAGGUAGGUAGUUAUACUGUACUGACCGCUUCAGCGCUGCAUGGAAUCCUCGCGUCCUGUGAGAUGAAAGCUGCCGCGUCAGGGCGCCAAGAUCUGCCAAGACCCUGGGAGCUCCUCCUGCACAGCCCACAGCCUCUUCGACGUCCGCCGGAGAGCUCCCUCCCCACUCCCGCUCGGUUCUUGGUUAUCCUCCGUCGCAGAGCGCCCAAGUCCACCACCGAACCCGAGUCCACAUUCUUGUUUUCUCUCUCGAACCUCAUACUUAUCCUACAGAGAAGCGAUCGAUCCCGGAUCGCGCGAAACAAUGGCGUCGCUCAACCUAUCAACGAACGGCCCCUCGAUCAAGAGCAGCUACCAAGGCGUCAUCAAUGGCCCCGCCCUCUCGUCGACGUCUCCGACUGCAGCGCGGUGGGCACUUUUCACAGUGCAAGCGCCCCUAUUGAACGCCUUUCAGAAUUCGGGUGCGAAGGAGAGUGUCUUGAAGGUUGAGACUACUGGCGACGGCGAGCUCGCCGAUCUCGUCGAGGAUUUCAGCGAAGGCCGCAUCCAGUUCGCCUUUGUCCGAGUCAAGGACCCGAAUUCCGGCCUUCCCAAGAAUGUCCUGAUCGCCUGGUGUGGCGGGGGCGUCCCCGAACGCACCAAGGGGUACUUUACAAGCCAUGUUUCCGCCGUCUCCAAGGUUCUGCAUGGCUACCAUGUUCAGAUCACAGCACGCUCCGAUGCCGACGUCGUCCCCGAAGAUAUUGUGCAAAAGGUGGCGGAUGCGUCGGGAGCCAAAUACUCGGCAGGGACAUCCACACAGGCCCCUGCGGCACCGCCUCCGGUUGCCAAGAAACCCGUGUUCACCCCAACAACAUCUGGGUCUGGGGGUUCCUUCAACCCGCUCGUCGCUGCUCGUACCCGGAAACAAGGGAAUGCCGAUGACGAUGGCUGGGGCGAGGACGCACCCCCGGUUACACGCACUCAGGUUGAGAAGGUCGAGUCAGCCUACAAGCCGACAAAGGUGGAUAUCGCAAGCCUGAGGAAGAACAAUGACGAUUCUCGAUUCAACGGAUCCUCGAACCAAGAUAACCGGCCGAGUGAUGUCAUCGGAGGUGGUUAUCAGCCAGUGGGCAAGAUUGAUAUCGCUUCGCUCAGGGCACAGGCAAAGCAGGACGAUCGCCCUUCCGUGGUGAAGGGUGCAUACGAACCCGUCGGCAAGGUUGAUAUUGCCGCCAUUCGAGCAAAGGCGCAGCGUCCGGCCGAGCCGCAAGAGGAGUCGGCACCCGCACCGAAGAGCCUUGCUGAGCGAAGUGCCGCUUUUACGCCAUCGGAACGCCUUACCGAACUGCCGAAGCCCAAGGUCGCGAAGAAAUUUGGCGGUACACCUUUCACGGGCACCAAGGCUCCGACGCCUGGGGGCCUGGGUUUCGGCGCGCCGGCAACGCCCGCCCCGCCACCUGUUGGCGCCGCCAGCCGGACGUUUGCCGAUCAAGGCGGCAAGACCCCAGCUCAGCUAUGGGCCGAGAAGAAAGCGAAGCAGGGCGGCGGGGCCACCGGUUCCCCGUCUCCGUCUGCGACGGCACCGAUCACGGCCCAAAAGAGCGGCAGCGAGUGGAAGAGCGGUUAUGCAGGCAAGAGUUGGGCACCGGUCCAUACUAGCAACUAUGGCCGAGGCGGCGUGGAGAAGCAAGAUACGGGAGAAGGCGAGCAGUUCGAGCAGGAGGCGGAACAGCCCGCCACGACGGGUGGUGGUAUUUCUGCACUGCGCGACAGGUUCAAGGACGCGGCACCCAUGGGCACCGCAACCAGGUCGGCCCCAGACGCCGCCGCUUACGACGAGGAGGAGCCAGCCGCGCCGCCCCCGCCAAUGGGAAGCCGGCCUCCUCCUGGCGGCUUCGCUCUCCCCGGCCUACCGUCCCGGCCUGCGGCUGAGAACCAGGACGAGGAAGAGGAAGAGCGGGCGCCGCCCUCUGUCCCGUCCCGGAACUACGAGGAACGCGAACCGUCGCCUGUGCGGGUCGCGAUGCCGGUCCCCCGCAGCUCUGCGCCCGAGAUUGAGCCCGCGGCCGAAAGCCUCCCUGCUCGGCCCGUUCCCGUUCCUCAAGAGGUGCCCAAGGAAGAGCAGCUUCCGGCUGAGCGUGAGAGCCACAACCCUCGAACUGCCGCUGUUGCCGUCGCUGCCGCCGCCGGCGUCGCUGGCGGGGCCAUUGCUGGCGGGGCUAUAGCCGCCCACGCAGCAGAUAGCGGAUCGGCGCCAGAAGCCGAGGCGGCUGGUGGCAAGAGGGCCCUCAUCCAGUACGAUUACGAGAAGGCCGAGGAUAACGAGAUUGAGCUUCGGGAGGGUGAGUAUGUGACCAACAUCGAGAUGGUGGACGAUGAUUGGUGGAUGGGCACCAACGUCCAGGGGGAGAGCGGCCUGUUCCCCAGCAACUACGUCGAACUGGUUGAUGAAGAUGAGGCGGCCGCGGCCCCGCAACCGCCUGCGCCUGCGCCUGCUCCCGCACCUGCUCCAGUAGCACAACACGAGGAACCCCAACCCGCGGCAGCCGGGCCCACGGCAACGGCAAACUUUGAUUACGAAGCUGCAGAAGACAACGAGCUGAGCUUUCCCGAAGGAGCCACGAUCACAGAUCUGGAUUUCCCAGACGAGGACUGGUGGUUUGGCCAUUACAAUGGGGCGUCUGGUCUCUUCCCCGCCAACUAUGUCCAGCUUGACUCAUAAACUGGAUGAGCGUCCACUUUCACGGGGUUUGGUGAUCGUUAUCCGGAGCAGCAAGUAGUUUAGCUUAGAGCAGUUUUCUUUUGGCAGGUGUCCUAAAACGAAAGGCUGGAAAAAGACACUGCUUUUCUCUACUGUCCAUUACCUCUUGCGGAGUCAGUGUUACGCCGGUGUCACCAUGAGUUAAGGCUGUCUAUUUCAUGGUGAUGAACUUGUAAACAACACCACGAACCUGGGCAAUAAAUGUAUCAGUAAACUUGGUUGAUCUGGCCGAAGAGCGUUUAGAAUUAGCGAUAGAUUUAGAUUUGAAUGAUACCUCGCAUCAA